AUGCCUAGUCUGUUCUCGUUCGGGCGUAGUGAGCCAGCUCAGCCGGUUUCGAAUCCUGCAACAACUCCCUUACCUAAUCCCGUUGAAAGUGGUAAUGGGCAGGCAAGAGAGCGGACGAUAUUUAUGCCGAUCGAUAGCAGCGAGCACUGUAAUCGAGCCUUCCACUGGUACUUGGACAAUGUGAAACGAACGGGCGACAAGCUAUGCUUCGUGCAUGUUGUAGAGCCGGCCUUCACAGGAGCCAGCGCAGUGGCCCUCUCAAUGGAAGCAUUGCCAAUGCUAAUAGGAGACACCAGACUGUCAGUGGAAGAUGGCAUCGGACAGGGCAGAUCAGUACUCAAAAACUUUAUGGCCGAAGCGAAAUCUCACCAAGUGAACACGAAUGCCAUGGUCUACGUGAACAACCGUCCAGGCUUUACGAUUGUAGACUGCGCCAAAGAGAACAACGCUGACCUCAUUGUGAUGGGCAACCGCGGCCUAGGCACGAUGAGUCGAACGUUCCUAGGCAGCGUCUCCGACUACGUUUUGCACCAUGCGAAUAUACCCGUCUUAAUUGUGCCGCCAAAGCAGAAUAAAAAGUGA